ACGUAGUGGGGGUCGCCUUCCAGAAAAAACGAAAAAAAUCGAAAGGCGUUCAGAACUUUUCGAGAAGUCGAACCGUCAACACAUGUGGGCAAUCCGGUGGACUUGAUCGGCUUUUUACUUCGAAAGUUGAGUAAUCGGUGUCGCUUUCUUACGCAUCUUUGAACUGUAUAAAUGUUUUAAAAUUGUUUGAUCCAGAAUGUACCACACCGGACAAUCAAGAAGGCAGGUGCCUUGACUACAGAAAAUGUAAACCUCUGCAAGAAAUAUGGCAGAUACAGUACCGUACAGCCACCGAUUUUUAUAGACGAUCAGUGUGCAGAUACCAGGGCAAUGUUACGAUCGUUUGCUGUCCGAACGAUCCAAACAAAGAGAAGAGAGAAAUUUUAAUAAAAACUGUGUAUAAGUAUAAGGCUUUGCGACCACCAUACUGUGGUUUUAGCAACGUCUCUCAUACCAGGGUGGUCGAUGGUAAACCAGCUGAACUUGGUACGUUUUAUGUCUUUCUUUCCGAUUAAUAAUAAGCCAUUUACUGCAAAGAAUGAACUUUAAAGGCAUUAAACAGCACAUCAAUGUACAUUUCAAUUAGACUAAAUAAUAAUGCUAUGAUUUUAUCGGUAGUAACUUUACUUAUUAACUUGAAUUAUUUCUUUCUUUUACUUCAUGUUAGGAAGAGUAUCUUUUUGCUUGAAAUAAAAAAUUGAUAUAGGAGUAAUAAUAUGGAUAGAGAUCAAAAACUGUUAGGGCAGAAAUUACACGUUUGAACUUUAUAGUUCAGUAUAGUUCAAAUAGAAAUUAUAUAGAAUUAUUUAAUAAUUUGUAUUCCACUGGAAUAAAAAUUUAAUUUCUGUCUUUAUCAAAUCUCUAUUUCAGAGUAUUUGUACGUAUGUACUUAUCGUCUGCUGUAUGAUCGAAUAUCGAAUAGGCGCUUGGCCAUGGAUCGCUGCAUUAGGUUUUCGUAAUCCCCGAAACCCAGACAAACCACUAUGGAAGUGCGGAGGUUCCCUGAUAUCGGCUAGGCAUGUUUUGACCGCAGCACAUUGUGCACAUAUGGAUGGAAUAGAAAACAUACACAAUCAUAAUAUUGUCAUUCUUAGAUUGGUGGAGGAGGUGCCAUUUUCGAGGUACGUAUAUCCCAUUUGUACGAAAGAGCCCCUACGAAAGAGCAACUUCGUCGGCUAUAACCCCCUUGUUGCUGGAUGGGGAGCAUUAAGAUAUAGACGACCACGACGUAAUGCAUUAAUGGAAGUACAAAUGCCAGUGAUUAAGAACGCCGAAUGCAAAAUAGCUUAUUCCAAAUUUCCUAAUGCACCUGAUAUCACUGAUGGUAUAAUAUGCGCCGAACAUGCUCAGGGUGGAGAGGAUUCUUGUACGGCUGACCGCGGCGGACCACUGCUGAUACAACAUGAAUUAACCUCGUAUUUAAUAGAUUAUAGAUUCCUAUACGACUCUCAGUAAAAAUUUAUCCGCACUCCAGAUAGUUAAAA